AUGGAGUGGGGCAAUUAUUCCAUGUAUGCUGACUUUGUCCUCCUUGGCUUGUUCAGCAACACCCGUUUCCCCUGGCUUCUCUUUGUCCUCAUCCUCCUGGUAUUCGUCAUCUCCAUAGGCAGCAACACCAUCAUGAUCAUUCUCAUCCACAUGGACUCCCGCCUCCACACCCCCAUGUACUUCCUUCUCAGCCACCUGUCUCUCAUGGACAUCCUGUAUAUUUCCACUAUUGUGCCCAAGAUGCUGCUUGACCAGAUGGUGGGCCAGAGAGCCAUUUCCUUUGCAGCAUGCACUGCCCAGCACUUCCUCUACUUGACCUUAGCAGGAGCUGAGUUCUUCCUCCUAGGACUCAUGUCCUAUGACCGGUAUGUUGCCAUCUGCAACCCCUUGCGCUACCCUGAUCUCAUGAGCCGCAAAGUCUGCUUGUUGAUUGUGGUGGCAGCUUGGCUAGGAGGGUCCAUAGACGGCUUUCUGCUCACCCCAGUCACCAUGCAGUUCCCUUUCUGUGCCUCUCGGGAAAUCAACCACUUCUUCUGUGAGGUCCCUGCCCUUCUGAAGCUCUCCUGUAUAGACACUUCAGUGUAUGAGACAGCCAUGUAUGUAUGCUGCAUCAUGAUGCUCCUCAUCCCUUUCUCUGUUAUCUCAGCCUCUUACAUGAGGAUUCUCAUCACUGUUUACAGAAUGAGUGAGGCAGAAGGAAGGCGAAAGGCAGUGGCCACUUGCUCCUCACACAUGGUGAUUGUAAGUCUCUUCUAUGGGGCUGCCAUGUACACCUACGUGCUGCCUCACUCUUACCAUACCCCUGAGCAGGACAAGGCUGUGUCUGCAUUUUACACUAUCCUCACUCCCUUGCUCAACCCACUCAUUUACAGCCUUAGGAACAAAGAUGUCACAGAGGCCCUACAGAAGGCUCUGGGGAGAUGCUUCUGCUCAGGAAGGGUAAUCACCUUCUAA